GCUGAGAAAACCAUCCAGACCACACGGAGAUGAUGGGUGUCUGCAGCUUAGAAUUAAGGGGAAUCUCAUAUUUCUUUAUCUUGUUUCUGGUUUUCGUCGUAAGCCUUGGGGAAGGCCAAAAUGGGUGCCAUGAAUUAAUACGGUGUGGAGGCCGUGGCCAAAAUUACACCAUUCGAUUUCCCUUCCGACUUGACACCCAGCCAGACCUCUGUGGGUAUCCUAUUCCUGGGUUUACUCUGUCAUCCACUCACACAAAUGACACGGUGCUGCAACUGCCAAAUUUUGUGAAACUCUUUGUGGAAAAUAUUGACUACAAAUCUCAGGUAAUUGAAGUAUACGACCCUGUCCAUUGCUUUCCCAGACAGCUUCGAGAUCUCAAUUUGUCUUCCUCGCCUUUCCUGUUCAAACAUCAACCGUACCAGUAUGACUACGCCUUUUUCAAUUGUUCCUCAAACGAAACACAUUACUACCAUGCGAUCUCUUGUCUUAGUGGCCCAAGCCACGAAGUUCGUGCCUUCUCUUCGGUUUCUAACAUCAACAAUCUGCCCAUAGCAUCUUGUAAAAAGAUGUAUACUCUUCCAUCAAUUUCAUAUUAUCAAUUAUUCGAUUAUGAUAAUAUUUUGAGAUUGAAGUGGGACAGUCCAAAGUGCGGACACUGUGAACGGAAAGGCAAGGAUGUAGAUGAAGAAUAA